CGCUGAUGACUCAACAGCCAACCAGCCAACCAAUACAAAGCAACCAACCGCCUUCUUGCCUUCUCUCCUACCUUCUCUCCUGCCUUCGUUCCUUGCUGACAUCCACGCGAAGCAGAGACACGACAACAACGGUGAUGGCGUCGCGAGGAUGUCUGGAUGAAGGGUGUGAGAACUGCUGCACGGGGUGUGGAGAGUGCUGCCCUGCCCUGGCACAAUACCGCAACCCAAUCUCCUCUGUCGCAGCGGGCAUCCUGUUUGCUGUUGGCUGGUGGUUCAUGAUUGACGGCACCGUCAACGACUCCAUCGAGGACAAGCACCAGGCCAUCGGCGUCAUGUCUACUUUGGGCUUGUUCAUGGUGAAUGCCAUUUCUGCGGAGAUGCUUUCCGGUGAUGUGUACACAGAUGGAUGCCUUGGAACAGCAGGUGCACGGGUGUGGCUCCUGCUCGGGCUGGUGAUGUCGUUCGGAUCGCUCAUUGCCGCCACAUGGGUCAUGAUCGAACAAUACAUCAAGCAAGGCCAAGACUACGCGGGCGCCUGUGUGUUCUUGCAGAAUUCCCUCAUCUUCAUCAGUUCGUUGGUGUUCAAGUUUGGACGAGGCAGCGACUCAUCUUGGUGAAGUGACACACACACACACACACGUGUGUGUGUGUGUGUGUGUGUGUGU